AUGUCGCGGACGUGGAACACCGAUUCUACCAGCUCCACUAGGAGCGCCGAGAAAUUCGGCCUCGAUGAUAAGGACAACUCCAGCAUCUUGGUCUACAAAUAUCGUACCGGCCUGGAUCUCUCGUCGCAGGAAGACCUGUGCAAGGCACUGGACAAAGAUCCCACCCUGCGCGUUACUCGCAAGCACAUUCCGCGCGGCGACAGCAGAGUCGAAGUGAAGCGCGAAGACCUCUGGAACGACGAGGAGAAGAGCACCUACUCGGACUAUCCUAACAGCAAGUCCGGCUUGGCCAGCGUCUGCCUGCCGCGCAGCAUCUGGUUUAAGCGCAUGCUCUUCAACCAGUUCCAGGACCUCUACAUCGUCUCGCCCGAGACCACGCCCACCAGCUCGCUGAACGGCUCGCCCGAGUCGUCGCAGUGCUCGCCCAGCAGCACCUGGAACCAUCGCCCCGACCACGACGGUCAGCAUAAUCAGCAACCGCAGGAGCAACAUCAGGACCACAAUCCAGAUGACCACUAG